GCAACAAUAUGGUGGACACACCAAACGUCCGGAAUCCUUAGAGAAAUAUGUCCUUUUACACCCCGGUGUGCGUGGCCUUGUUGGGAGUGAGUGCGCUUUUCGUUCAGUGUCUAGAUUUGAGUGAGGAGUUCAAGAAGCAUAGCAGUAUGGUGGCGAGGGCGAAUUUCCCCUGCAAGGUGCCGCAGCCCAGGGUGUUCUACCUGGAGGACCUGGUGAGCGCCACCGAAUGGAACAACAGUUACCAGGGGAUCUACGAGAUAGACAAUGUCCUACCCAAGUGGACAAUCCUCUACAGGUGUACCUCCAGCGGAUGUUGUGUAGAGAAGGACAAGAGAUGUUUGCCUUCUGGUAUGGACGAAUUGAAUGUGACAUUCAGCAGCGUAACCGAAAGGAUAGAAUAUUUUCAAAUACCUGUUACGAAUCAUACGCAGUGCAGUUGCCUGAGCACGGACAACUCGGGCAAGAGUAACAUUAAGUGACGUUUUUCCGCGAGUUCUGUUACUGUGAUUUCAAGAGAGGAAUGUUUGGAAUCGUCGCCGUUGGACUUUACAGGCAAGAGAAGGCAACAGUCAAGGGUUUGUCUUGUUAAAAGUGGAGAAUUCCAAGAGUUUCUUUCGGUGAUGAUGACGUUAACUGUCAAAAUGUGUCGUCUGUCAAAAUUUCUGGGCUUGAAGUGACUGUGGGUCCUUCCUUAUAAAGCUGGACUGAUAGAAAAUAGUUUUAUGCUUACCAAAAUAGUCUAGUCACUCCCCAGUUGCUUCUAAGUUUGUCGUUUUACGAUAUUAAACGAUUUGAUAUA